AUGUCGUGCAUAGCUAUAAAGACUAAGUGCAGCUGGACUACAUACAGAGCGCACACUGUAAAAGUGUCUUAGUUGAGGUCAUCCUCUCAAACAAUGAAGCGACUGAAACAAAGAUGUCUGCUGCUGCUGAAGCUCACUGCGGUACUGGCAUCACUAUGGAUGAUUUCCCUGCUCAGUCACCCCAAACUAGGCUGGCACCCAACCUACAUUCUCAGGUACAGCUGGUUGGAGUAUGAAGAUGCUGAUGGCAGUCCAGAGAGCGUGUGCGACUGUUCAGCAAUCCUGCAGGGAGACAUGGAGGCUGUGGAGCAGGCCAAGUUACUGACCAUCACUAAAGACUUCAAGAAGAGUGUUCAGAUCCCCGAUGAGUAUUAUAUCCAUGCAACCAAAGACUGUGGGAAUUUCAAGUCAAGCAGGAAAUACCUGACUUUUCCGUUAAGCCAGGAAGAAGAGGAAUUCCCUUUGGCUUACUCCAUGGUUGUGCAUCAUAAGGUGCAGAACUUUGAGCGACUGCUGCGAGCCAUCUACGCCCCUCAAAAUAUCUACUGCGUCCACAUGGAUAAUAAAUCAGAGCCUUCGGUUGUCUCUGCCAUCAGAGGCAUUACUUCCUGCUUCCCCAAUGUCUUCAUGGUCAGCCAGGCUGUGAGUGUAGUCUAUGCUGCCUGGCCACGAGUGCAGGCUGAUCUCAACUGUAUGGCUGACCUCUAUAACUCCUCAACCAGAUGGAAGUACUUCAUCAACCUUUGUGGCCAAGAUUUUCCACUGAAAACCAACUUGGAGAUAGUACGGGCGCUGCGUUCACUGAAGGGCAGUAACAGCUUGGAGUCUGAAAAAAUGCCUCCAGAAAAGAAGUGGAGGGUGUCCAAUGCUCACCAGAUAGUUGAUGGACAAAUCCAGGCAGCAGGAAGGACAAAGAUGCCACCCCCCUUCAACCUGCCCAUUGUGUCAGGAAAUGCCUACAUUGUGGUUAACCGAGGCUACAUCCGAAGCGUACUGGAGGACAACCGAAUACAAGCACUGAUCGAGUGGGCCAAAGACACCUACAGUCCUGAUGAGUUUCUCUGGGCAACCAUUCAACGAAUGCCUGGUGUUCCUGGAUCACUGUGGCCCAACCCCAAAUAUGACAUGACAGACGUCAACGCAAUUGCACGGCUGGUGAAGUGGCAGUGGCAUGAGGGUCCACUGGGUUCACUGCAGGCUGUGUAUCCAGAAUGUCACGGCACACAUGUGCGGGCAAUUUGUGUGUAUGGUGCUGGAGACCUGCAGUGGAUGCUUAAUCAGCAUCACCUCUUUGCCAAUAAGUUUGACACAGACAUAGAUCCCAUUGCUAUCUACUGCUUGGAGAAGUAUCUGAGACAGAAGGCACUCGCUGAGUUACAUUAGGUGUGCUGGUCAUUCCUCUGGCAACAAAGAAUGACUCAAAGCCAAAUUUGACUGUCUUACAACUAUG